AUGUCUUUAUCAAUCCCUCAAGCCUCGCAGGCCGGCCUUUUCAAGGCUGGCUACAAUAGUUAUGACGCCGAAGAUGGUGCAGUUAUCCGCAAUAUCGAUGCCUGUCGAACAAUAGCACAAACAGUCCAAACCUCGUUGGGUCCUUAUGGCAGGAACAAAAUCGUCAUCAACCACCUGGCAAAGAUGAUCUUAACCUCAGACGCUGCAACAAUUCUGCGAGAACUCGAAGUGGUACACCCGGCCGCAAAGUUAUUGGUCAUGGCCAGUCAACAGCAGGAAGCGGAAAUGGGGGACGGCACAAAUUUUGUCAUAAUCCUCGCAGGCGAACUCCUCAAGAAGGCAGAGGAAUUAAUACGGAUGGGAUUGAAAACCAGCGAUAUUGUUUCGGGCUACGAAAAGGCACAGGCAUUCACUCUGAAGGCCUUGGAAGACCUCGAAGUUGACCGUCUAUCCAAUCUACGAUCGGCCGAAGACUUGAGCAAAGCCCUCCGUACAGUGGUUGCUUCUAAGCAGUCGGGCUCGGAGGACGUUCUGUCGCAGUUAAUUGCCGAAGCAGUCCUAGCGGUCCUACCCAAAAAUCCCACUCAAUUCAAUGUGGACAACGUCAGAGUGGUCAAAAUUAUGGGCGGCGAUCUAUCGGCUUCAAGAGUUGUCAGGGGAAUGGUUCUUGGUCGUGAGCCUGACGGUACUGUCAAACGAGCGAAGAAGGCCAAGGUUGGCGUAUUUUCCUGCCCAAUCGACACAUCUCAAACCGAGACUAAGGGAACUGUCCUCCUCAAGAAUGCUCAAGAAAUGAUGGAUUUCUCUAAAGGCGAAGAACAGCAACUUGAGACUGCAAUCAAAGAACUAUACGACAGUGGUUUGAGAGUCGUCGUCGCAGGAUCAACCGUUGGUGAGCUGGCACUCCACUACCUCAAUCGCUACGGCAUCCUCGUUAUCAAAAUCUUGUCUAAAUUCGAGUUGCGUCGUAUUUGCCGGGUCUGCAAUGCCACACCUCUUGCUCGUCUUGGUGCACCUAUGCCUGACGAGAUGGGCAGCAUUGACAUCGUGGAGACCACGGAAAUCGGUGGCGACCGAGUGACUGUCUUCCGUCAAGACUCCGAGUCUGCAACAACUCGCACAGCCACGAUUGUCCUGCGCGGUGCGACACAAAAUCACCUUGAUGAUGUGGAACGUGCUAUUGAUGAUGGCGUUAACGCAAUUAAAGCGAUCACAAAAGAUCCCCGUUUGGUCCCUGGUGCGGGUGCGACAGAAAUGCAGCUCGUCGAGCGAAUCACACAUUUCGCUGACAAGACACCCGGCUUGCCCCAAUACGCCAUUAGGAAGUAUGCUGAAGCAUUCGAAGUAAUUCCUCGCACGCUGGCUGAAAGCGCUGGACUUGAUGCUACUGAAAUCCUGGCACGGCUGUACACAGCACAUCAGCAUCGCCUGAGCUCGAAGACAAGCGAGGUCAAACACAGACGACCAUCUGGGGAGGACUCCGCGUCAGCAUCCGAGGACGACGAGGAAGAAGACUCAUCAUCGUCCAAUGACACCUCUGAAUCUGAAGAGCCAUAUUGGACAACAGGUGUAGAUCUAGACGCAUCUGACUCAGCUACUGGCGUACUCGAUGCGGUCGAGGAGCAGAUUUUGGACCUGAUGAGUGUGAAGAGCUGGGCUAUCCGGUUGGCCACAGAGGCAGCAAGAACUGUGUUGAGUGUAGAUCAGAUCAUUGUCGCCAGACAAGCUGGUGGUCCCAAACCUCCAGGACCCAAUGCCAACUGGGAUGAGGACUGA